AUGGCGUCGAUCGAGGAGAACUGCACCUGGUCUUUGGUUGACCUCCCACAUGGUCGUCGGGCGAUCGGGUUGAAGUGGGUGUACAAGGUGAAGCGGGAUGAAAAUGGAGCCGUGGUGAAGUACAAGGCGCGCCUGGUGGUGAAGGGCUAUGCACAACGCUAGGAGAUCGACUACAACGAGGUGUUCGCACCUAUGGCACGGCUGGACAUGGUGCACCUUCUCAUCGCUCUCGCGGCACACGAGGGGUGGGAGGUGCACCACAUGGAUGUCAAGUCUGUGUUCUUGAAUGGUGAUCUCAAGGAGGAGGUGCACGUAGAGCAGUCGGCCGGUUUCAUCAGCAUGGCCAACGAGCACAAGGUGUUCAAGCUGAAGAAGGCACUCUACGGCUUGCAUUAGGCGCCUAGGGCUUGGAACGCGAAGCUGGACGGCACGCUGCUGUCAUUCAGAUUCAAGAGGAGUCCCUCGGAGCACGCCAUCUACACUAGGCGGAAUGGGGAGACGCAGCUGGUGGUCGGGGUGUACAUCGACGAUCUGGUGAUCAUCGGCGCCAGCUGCGACGACAUCAAGCAGUAUAAAAAGGAGAUGGCUAACACAUUCAAGAUGAACGACCUCGGCCUGCUUUGCUAUUAUCUUGGCAUUGAAGUCAGGCAGAGCACGGGGGGCACCUCGAUCAGCUAAGGAACCUACGCCGCCAAGAUUCUGGAGAGGAGCGGCAUGGCAGGGUGCAAUCCCUGUCAAGUACCAAUGGCAACGCAUUUGAAACUGAACAAGAAGAGCACAGAGCUGUUAGUGGAUGCAACUGCAUACAGAAGCAUUAUGGGGAGUCUUAGGUACCUGGUCAAUACUCAUCUAGACCUAACAUUUCCUGUUGGCUAUGUGAGUCAUUUCUAGAGGAGUCACGAAAAGAUCACUUAGCCGCUGUGAAGUAAAUUCUCUAUUAUGUGGCGGGAACCAAGAGUUGGGGUCUCAAGUAUGAAAGAAAGGAGGAGCAGGUCUAGUUGACAGGGUUCAGCGAUAGUGACUUCGUUGGUGAUGUUGAUGCUUAG